AUGUCUAUACAACUCAUUGCAUGGAUAAGACAAGUUGCUACUCUCAGUGACACUGCUCUGGAAGAAGAACUCGAACUAUUCAACAACACUCUAUCAAUGCAUUUGCAAGAGUCAUUGAAUAAUUACCUUGGACUGUCAGAAUUUUCGGAGCUUCGUGAUUUGUAUAAAUGUAGUAAAAAAGUUUUGAAAGCAUCACUUCAAAAUGGAAAACCGAAUCAAAGCCUGCCACAACUCUAUGAUAUUACCUAUGCCUUUCUACUGUCUCGUGUUCUGUUUCUCAAAUAUCUCAAGGAAAAAUAUCCUAACAUAACUCCAGCACAGUUUCUCAUUCACCAAUUGUUCAACUCAAGAGCCAUCAGACUAUGCUUUCUGAAACUGAAGCUAUUGUCUUUGGACAAGUUGAACGACAUACAUUGCAGCUAUAUUGACGAUGAUUUGCGCUGCCUCUUUUGUUUUGAUCAAGCUCAUGUGUUGGCCGAACAUCUUGGAAGCACGAUUAUCUCGUCAAUGGAGGGAAAUCACAUCCAACAAAACGGAGAUGUGAAUGAAGAUUCAAAAAGAGGAACACUCUCAGUCUUGCUUGCUGGAAUCAAUGACAAUGACUCGGCAACGGCACAACGCAUACGACUGAAAAAACAGCAUGCCUUUUCGAAUAUCAAUGAUAUAGUAGAGGAAUCUUACAAUGCGGUAAUUGGUCGAUUCGCUCGACCAUCAGGGCUCAUUCACACACAGAUUAUGUUAAAGCUUAUUUUAUCAUCAAUGAUGACGACCAAUCAUGGACCAAUAUACUGCCAACUGGACAAGAAUCAAGAAUACUUUUUCAUGAAUACUGUUGGAUCUAUACAUCUCAUUUGUGAAACUGGCGGAUACUUUUUGUCUGAAGGAUAUGUGAUAGACUUGCUUCUCAAUUUAUUCCGAACAGAGUUUCAACAGUUCAAUCUGUUGUCAUCGUUGGAUCUUUUGAGCAGCAUUGCUGGCACAAAAGGUAAAAAAACUACAGCCAAAGGAACACCAUUCGAAGCCGUCAUUUUGGCUGGUAUGAUCCAAAAAAAUGGACCGCAUCUUUCAAAUGUCCUAUCUAGUUUUGGUGUUUCGAUUGCUGGUCUUGAUGGUUUACAGUUGCCAACAAUAGAGCGUAAGGCUGGAGAUGGCACAAUCAUAUCCGAUAGACCAACAGGAGUCUUUUUUCGUCCUUCAAACCAGUUUCGACCAGACAUCCUUGCGUUUUUAUCCAAACAAGUCUGCGUGUCAUUUGGAAUCAAGCUAUAUACAUCAAAAAUUCCUUCAGCAGUGUCUGCCGAUAAUCUUGAAUCUACAAAUCCAGACUUUUUCUUUAUUAAAGCAGAUCGGCCAACGAAUAACGAAACGUAUUUGAAAUGGCAGCAGAGUAUAUCUGAUACCCCGUUAAAGUUUUCAAUAAGGUUCUUGAUUGAGCUGCCUGAACCACUCAGUGCUGUUUCAACUGAAAAUACUUAUAACAGCGUCGAGGGAAACCAAAAUAUCGUUGUUGUCGUUUCAAAGAGCAAUAUGCGCAAUAUUUUAAGCGAGCAGAUUGCGUCGUUUGUUGAAUUCAUUACCAGUUCCUGA